AUGUGUCGUUCCAAACCUCGAGCCAUCCGACCUCAACUCGCUCACUAUGGCGACCUACGGAGACCCCCACCACCCUUGCCCCCUUCUGUACCAUCCAACAAGCGCUCUAAGAAGGCUCCUCAAGAGCUUCUGUCCGACUUCUGGGACAAGUUCCAUUCGAAGCAUCCUGGGAAGGUUACAUCCAUCUUCCCCCGGUCCCUCUAUGCCUCUCUGCUCCCCGACUUCCAGGCACGAGGCGCCUCGUCCACCCGCAAUGCCCAAGAGUCCUACGAAGCCGCCGCCCGCGAGUGCCGGGACAAGGUGAAGCGCAUCGUCCGCGAGUGUGAUCGGACGAAUGAGAAAUACACCGACGCAGACUUCGAUAUCGAGCGUGAUCCCUACAGCAACUGCCUCAACGGCCUAGUCCGCGAUGGAGACUUUGGCCCUGGCGGCAGCGGCGGCGCGGCUGACGAUGGUCCCAACGUCAGCAGCUGGGACGUCAAGAAUAGCUUCGAUACCCUAGCUGCCGCUCAGGUCUUGGGUCCCAACUCCACCAUUCCUAUCGACCCGACUGCGGUGAGCCGCUACCUCGCAAGCGAUGACAUUUGGAACCCCUUUGCCAAUGCGGGAGAUCGUUCGGGAGCGAGGGCCGGAGUGAAAUCGGGCCCUGUCAAAGCCUCUAAGCGUCGAGGUGUCCGAGGAAGCGAAUGGUAUAACCCUGGUUCAAUCCAUCGUGUUGACUGGAUCUUUGAUUCGCCUCAAUUUACCGUCAAUGGCUACUCCUCCUCCGACAUCAAGCAGGGGGCCAAUGGAGAUUGUUGGUGGCUCGCCGCCGUUGCCACAAUUGCCCACCGCAAAGACCUCAUGCAAAAGGUUUGCGUUGCGCGUGACGAAGAGUGCGGUGUUUACGGGUUUGUCUUCCAGCGUGACGGCGAGUGGAUCUCGACUGUCAUCGACGAUAACCUCUACCUCAAGGAGUCCGAUUUCGACUACUACGGCGAUGUCUACGACGCCAGCGGCAAGAAGGCCCGGCUGCACCGUAAACGCAACCAAACUGGCUCCGAUGCGCUGUACUUCGCCCGCUGCGAGGAUCAGAACGAGACUUGGCUGCCAUUGCUGGAGAAGGCCUACGCUAAGGUCCACGGUGACUACGAGGCCAUCUCGGGCGGCUGGCCCGGCGAAGCGGUGGAGGACAUGACGGGCGGUGUCACCUCGACCAUUGCUACCAACCGAGUGCUGCGGAAAGAGAGGCUUUGGAAGGAGCUUGUCAACUCCGAUGGCGAGUUCGUCUUUGCUCUGGCCGCCAUGGGCACUGGCUGGGACUGGCAGAAGAGCGGUCUCGCACUAGGACACGCAUACUCCAUUCUACAGUCCCGAGAAGACGUAGACGAGGACGGAAAAAAGGUCCGUCUCGUGCAGAUCAGGAACCCCUGGGGCGAACGAUCCGACGGUGGUGUCGGCGAGUGGAACGGCCCUUGGUCUGACGGCUCGAAGGAGUGGACACCAUACUGGCUGAAGCGCCUCAACCACACUUUUGGCGACGAUGGUGUCUUCUGGAUGUCAUAUGAAGACAUGCUAUCGACAUUCAUGUACAUCCACCGUACUCGUCUGUUCGACGAGAAGUGGACUGUCGUGCAGCAAUGGACCUCGGCCAACAUCUCUUGGGUCACAGGGUACCUUCAGACCAAGUUCGUCGUUGAAGUCAAGAAGUCGGGCAUGGUCGUUAUCGUGCUCACGCAGCUUGACGACCGGUACUUCCAUGGCUUCGAAGGCCAAUACUGGUUCGAACUACACUUCGUCCUGCAAAAGAUCAUCCCAGAUGCCGCUGGCGCCAAUGCCAAGGACGGCGAGAAGAGCAAAGAGGCCCCCGAGCCAGAGCAGAUCUGUCGUGUCCGCCCCGUGCACAAGUGGGAGAACCGCUCCGUCAGCUGCGAAGUCGAGCUGGAGCCGGGCGUGUACGAGGUCCUCCCCAAGGUAACGGCUGCCCGCCACCACAACGGUGACGCUGCCAAACCCGUUGAGGAAGUUGUCAAGGAGUAUGCGGAGCGUAACCCGCAAAAGCUGCGACAGGUUGGGCUUCAGUACGAUAUUGCACACGCCAAGGGCGGCGUGCGGGACGAGGACGAGCUGAUUGAGAAGAAGAAGCUUGAGGCGAAGCAGAAGCAGGAAAGCAAGAAGGCCAAGAAGAAGAAGAAGCAGAGGAAGGCGCUCGGCGUCGCGGCCAAGGCACUUGAGGAAUCGGCCAAGGUUGUAUCAGACCUGGCAAACGAGGGGAAGAAGACCGAAGAGAGUAAGAGCGCGGCCAAGACGGAGACCAAGAAGGAUGCUAGCCAAGCAAAGGAGAAGGAGAAGGAUGGCGACUGGACCGAGGUCAAGGACUCUGACAAGGAGUCUACUGGCAGUAGCCAGAAGUCUCCUACCACGGACGAUAAACCAGCCGGCGUCGCCGGUUCCAAGCCUGGCGAUGGACCUGCGCCGGAACCCAAGCAGGACGACGACAAAAAAGCCAAGGACAAGGCAGAGGAGAAGAACGAAGAGAAGAAAAAAGACGCUCCCGCUGCCGAGGAGGCCAAGCCAGCCGAGGCGUCUGUCGUACCCGCGCCGGUCACCCAGGAAGCAGAGGUUUCCGCAGAGCCGCCGGUCGAGGAAGAGGAAGAUUCGGAUUCAGACUCGGACACGGAGACCGUCGUCGAUGAUGAUGGCGAGGAGCUUACCGGCACGCCGUGGAACGCCGUCUGCGUGCUUGGGCUGCGGGUGUAUGCUCAGGACGCCGAGGUGGCUAUCAAGUUGGUCAAGCCGAGCGAUGGAGAAGAAGCUUCGAGCUUGACUGUUGACGGAGAGGCCGCCGGGGCUACUGCUUAG